GGUGCUGUAGAUUUUGAAUGGGCGAGCGUGGGAGCAUUGCGUAUUUCCGGUUCGACGUUCUUCCGCGUAAACUGGUGUUGUCCAUCCGCGUUCAGCCCAAAAUCGACCACAUUCAACAUUGCUCUGUCCAUACAACGCUACGCAUAUUAUACCAAUCUCUUGGGAUUUAGUAAUAAAUGACCAGGAUUUAUUUUAAUUGAUAAACAAUUCUACCUACACAGAGAAAUGAACUCAGCGUUCCCAGAUCUAGUGCGCUGUAGGCUAUCGUGAUCUAUCAACAACCAGGUGUCCAAGUAAGAGCUCCUCUGAUCGAAGAGGAUCAUGUUGGACCACACGGAUCCAAGUCUCCCGCCGGAGGAGCGGGUGCGUGCCUUAGUCAAGAAGGGGAGCGCUGUGGACGUCAACGAGAACGUUCCCGCUCGUCGAUACUUCCGCUCCGGCAUGGAGAUGAUUCGGAUGGCCCACACCUACGCUGAGGAGGGGAACACAGAACACGCUUUCAUCCUUUAUAAUAAAUACAUCACGCUUUUCAUCGAAAGGCUGCCAAAACAUCCAGAGUAUAAGAAUUCAGUUUUUCCUGAGAAGAAAGACACUUUAAAGAAACUCAAGGAGAUUGCCUUUCCUCAAGCAGAAGAGCUUAAGAAACAUAUCCUCAGAAGAUAUGAGCGAGAGUAUGCUGACUAUAUAGUCAGAAAACAAGCGGAGGAGGCCGCCAUGGCUCAGCAGCUGUCGCGGCAGCGCGAGCUGGACACGGAGAGGCAGCGCGUGGCGGAGAUGCAGCGAAGGCAGCGCGAGCAGGAGCAGUUCAGUGCCUUCGAGGAGAUGAUCCACCGCCAGGAGCUGGAGAAGGAGCGCAAGCGGGUCCUCCAGGAGUUCAACGCACCGACCGCUGGCGCCCUCACCACUGACACCCCACUCCUCCCUGGGAUCCAGGGCCCUCCGCUCCCGGUUCAGUCCACGCCCUCCCCGGCACAGAGUCCUGGGUACCCCAGCGCCAACCACUCCGGUGACCCUGCGCGGACACCUGUAUCGCCUCCUGCUUUUGACCGGUCUCUCAAGCCAGGAUCUCUCAUCUCAUCUGGCAACAAUAUGAUGGUCGAUGGGCUACGGCAACUGACUGUGCCAGCAGAGCUUUGUAGCCAGUUCCUGAGAACCGCCAAUGCCAACACUAUCAGAUCGGUGGAAACCUGUGGAAUUCUCUGUGGCAAACUGACCAGGAACGCUUUCACAAUAACCCAUGUGAUAGUGCCAAAGCAGUGUGGGGGCCCAGACUACUGUGACACGGAGAAUGAGGAGGAGCUCUUCCUGGUCCAGGGCCAGUAUGACCUCAUCACCCUGGGCUGGAUUCAUACGCACCCUACACAGACGGCAUUCUUAUCCAGCGUCGAUCUUCACACUCACUGCUCCUACCAAAUCAUGCUACCAGAGGCCAUCGCUAUUGUGUGCUCCCCAAAGUUCAACGAGACGGGAUACUUCAGGCUGACAGACCAUGGAAUGGAGGAGAUAUCUACCUGUAAACAAAAGGGCUUCCAUCCACACGCCAAACACCCUCCUCUCUUUGCUGAAGGAAGCCAUAUCAUAAUCACAGACGCCACGGUCACAACGUUGGACCUGCGAUGAAGUCUGAUCACAUACAGAGUAUCGGUGCAAUGAAGUGGAGAGAGCAACCCUUCUUUGACUUUAUAUUCUUUUACUUUCUGUGGCAACUAGCACUCCAAGAACCUGGAUGGGAGAUGAUUUGAAGCCAAGACCAGAGGGCUAUGGAGUGUCUUUAGGGACGGGACUUCUUUUGGCAUAUCAGCCUACCUGAUGCACUUGUUUAAGGGGCAAGAGUGAAUAAAAAUCCUUUAAAAUGUUGUCUACUGGGAGCUCAGGGAUGGACACUUAACCUCAGAAUACUCAUUCUCAUUAGGGAUUGUAUCACUGUAUAUUCUGUUCCUUUAUUGACCCCCCUGUGUUUUAUCUUUUAUUUAUAAUCCCAAUAACGGUUCCACACUAAUUGUUGCUAAAAUAUUAAAGGAGAUGAGUGAUAUUUUUCAAGGAAUGGUU